GGAACCUACAGACCAUCCCCAAGCAACACAGAAUUAUUCUAGGGCCCCAGAUUCUCCCCGCAUCACGUCUCAUCGUAUCGUAUUGCUUUUGUCCAGUACUGUUGCUUUGGAAUUCGGUCAUGGGAGACAGAUCUGCAUGACAAUGGCACAGGAAUCGCGUAUCUGAGCUGAGCUUUAUUGACAUGGGACUCGUAUACAAUCCACAUCAUCGUCAUACUAGCAAGCAUUGAUCCCUCUUCAACUGCUGUUAGGCUCCUCUCCCCUCAUCUCUCUUUCAUUUCGUCAUGACUGCUGGCCUCGCGGCGCAGGCAGCUCAUUCAUUCUUUGAUCAACUACAUCCAAGCAAUGCCGCCUAGGAAACGCGAAAACGAUGCGGAUACUACCAGCGCUCCCGCAACCACAGCUCCCGCCAAACGUCAACGAGUCUCCCUUGCCUGUGAUUCAUGUCGCACUGCUAGAGAAAAGUGCGAUGGCGCCCGUCCUCACUGUGGAACAUGCACCGCACAAAACAGGCCAUGUUCAUACACCCCUGCGUCCCGCAAGAGAGGCGUGCAGACGGGAUACCUACGGACAAUUGAGUUGUCGCUGGCAUGGCUCUUUGAACAGGUUCCUGGCUGUGAGGGAGCUCUUCAUCGUCUCCUUACACAGAAUGAUGGAGCAGAUGGUACCCGCAUCCUCGCGACGAAGGACAAAGCUGGCCAUCGCCUCUACCGACGAUGGAGCAAGAGUCGGGUUCACAAAGACAUUGGCAGGUUGCUGUCCGAUGAGAAGACGCCUCAAAACGAUACAUCCGCAGACGACUCGGGAACUGAAGAUAGCAGCCCGACUGGUGCACAAUUGUUCGACGGCAAACCAUCACCCGGACUAUCGAUACAAGGCGCCAAUCCAUCACAGACGAGCAUCCCGGCGGCAUCUUACAACUUCAACUCAGACCAGCCAUCAUUACCUACCAAGCUGACAUUGCCUCCACACUGGAAAAGACUUGUCGACAUCUACAUGUCUUACACUCACAGCUGGUUCCCAAUUAUUGAACCUGGAAUCAUUACACGCACAGCUUUGAUGUAUCCCCCAGAGGGCCUUGUCAUCGAAGCCAACCCCUCGUCGACGCUACACGCUCAGCUUUGGGCAGUUUUUGCUGUCUCUUCAUUUCAAGACGCGGCUUCUUCUGACCCAUCACGACAGAACGGAUUCUCUCCUAACGAAAUUUACUCCAUCGCGCAACGGCUUAUACCCUCCGACGACGAGACCUUCGAAUUGGCCCAUAUCUCCUCACUCCUCCUUCAUUCGCUAGUACUCAUGGGCCAAAAGAAGACGAUGACAGCAUGGAUCUUGAUAGGCCGGGCUUCGCGUCUUGCUUUGCAUUAUCGCGCGACAGCAUCUCACAUGUUUCCGGUCAAGGAAGGCGACGCAGCCUCUCUGAAUCAUAACGAAGUCAGGGUGCUGGCGGGAAGCUUUAUCCUGGAUUCUCUUGCUUCACUUAGUCUUGGUCAACCGCAAGUGACAUCGGGAAUUCGACAUAGUCUUCCUUCUGUUGUUAUAGAACAACCUCUCGACUUGAACGAGCCAUGGACUUCGAUUUCGGGAUUCGGAAAGGCGGCGGAUGAUGGACAAGAAUCAACACCAGAUUGCGCAUCACCACUAUCAACCUUUCGACAACUUUUUGCUUUCUGUAGACUUUGGGGUACCAGCAUGGAUGCAAAGCUAUACAAUGACCGCAAUCCUCAACGAAUCACCCCAGAAGACCUUGUCAGAAGCCUGGACGCUCGGUUUUCAUUUUGCAAUUCCCUCAUCUUCGGUGGCUCGACGCCAAGAAUGCCCUCAGCAUACCUGCUCCAAGGCAUGUUCUUGGCAAUUACCUUGGACUUGGUGCCAGGUCAUCGGCCGUCCCUCUUAUCUAAUUUCAUAGAGGUUGUUGAGUCGUGUCUAGAAAACUUUGGACCAGGUGGAACACCGCCAAUCAUAGCCAUCUUGAUGGAUAUAGUCAAGCACCACGGCCAUGGGAACCGAAUGCCAGAACACGAUCAAGUCAAGUGGAAUUCGACAAUUGGAUCGCUCACAGACGGCUGGAAGCUCAAAUAUCAAGGGUUAGACGCACCUAAAAGCAACCAGCAUACACCUAGUUCUGUGGAUCCGUCACGCCGCCCAAUAGUGAGCCCAUCAUUUAUGGAUGAGAUAUCAACCGCCUCUCAUCCCUCACAUCACACAGACCACCCUGCCCCUAUCACAUCCGGGGAACUGGAACAUGAGCUCGGCCGAAUGCAGCAACGCCAAAAAGAGCAACAAGCAUUAUCAUAUGAACGGCAACGUUAUCAAGCUGCAGACCGUAGCCCAGCUACUUCACAGUCUCUAUACACACUUACACCCAACCUGACCUUUCAUACUCUUCAUACACCAUCUCUUGAUGGGCAAAUGGGAUCCCUACAAAACUCGAUGCCGAGUCAACUACUUGAUUACGACGCAAUUCUGGAUGAGCUUGGAUCCAUAGACUGCGCGGAUGGUAUUGAUGUGGAUCCUCAGUUUAUGACUAACUUGGGCUUUGCGCCAGGAUGUGAUCUUGGCGAAAUGUUUCAAGGUGAUUUUGGGACAUGAUUUAAUGCAAUCUAAUCAAUAUUUACACGGAUACAUAUUCACCCAAGUUGUCCUUGCCUGCCUGCCUGUGAUGUCUUGGCUGAUGGGGCGUAAGAAACUGCCC